UUUUAGCUCUCUCGUCAUUCCCACUUCUUUGCUCUCUUCUAUUCACAUUCUUCCCACAUUCUCCUCUUUCUUCUCCAUCAUGCUUUCGUUAAGGUUAUUUCGCCUUUGCUCUCUUCAUGCCACGUCUAACCAAGCUCCCAUUCUUCAACAAUGCUAUAAGGGGUAUAAAGUAACUGGCCUUCGAUCAUCAUUUACGGGUUCGUGGAAAAUGGGUUCAGACCAAAGUCCUGUUUCGUGCCAAAACGUCGUCGUGAUGAGGCACGGCGAGCGCUUGGACAACUUGGAGCCGUCGUGGGUGGGCAGGGCGGCGCGGCCGUGGGAUCCGCCGCUGGCCGAGGUGGGCCGGAAACGGGCUUUUGAAACGGGCUGGAAGGUCCGAAAGGGUGUCGGGUCUCCGAUCCGGCGGGUCUUCGUUUCGCCGUUCCUCCGCUGCGUCCAGACCGCCGUCGAGCUCGUGGCUUCGCUGUCCGCCCUUGGCCCUUACAAAGUCAAGGUCUCUGUUGAGUACGGAUUAUGUGAAAUGAUGAACAAUAGGGCUAUACGUCCCAAUGUUGCCCCAAAAGAUGGAAAGAUGGGUUUUGAUAUAGCAGAGUGUGAAGCCAUGCUCCCACCUGAGACAGUGGAUACAAAUGUAGAAAGGGUGUAUAAAGAGUUGCCCCAGUGGGGAGAGUCUGUUUUACAAGCAGGGGUGAGAUAUCAACAGUUAAUUAAGGACCUUGCAGAUAAAUAUCCUACUGAGAACUUGCUACUUGUUACACAUGGGGAAGGAGUUAAGGUGGCUGUUUCUUCAUUCAGAAAGGAUGCUGUGGUAAAUGAAGUGGAUUACUGUGGAUAUGUAGAACUUAGACGUCCUAUUUUCAAGAAAGAUGAUACAUUUACAACUGGAGAAUUUGAUUUACUUACUCCUAGUGGUCAAACUGGUGUAAGCUAUUUCCUUCCACAUCCUUUGAGAAAUGACACCAACCAAACUUCGCCAUGAUCACAUACACGUGAUUCUCACUUUUGGGUGGUGUUUGUUUCAAAGUUUGUAAUUAUAUUUUGAGAAUUAACAUCAGUAGAAUGUUUUCUAUUAGGUAAGUUAGAUUCAUGUUUGGUUAGAGUUUAAGAUGAUAGGAAUUUUCAUAUGGUAGAAGAAGGAAUAAAAAAUGAAAGUGAAAAUAGAUCUUACUGUUUCGAAUACAAUGAUACGUCAUACCUUCAAUAGUUCCAAAGAAAUUUAACAUA